AUGUCUUUGCCGUCGUUCCUCUACUCCCAAAUUUUCGUGGGUCUACCCGUCCCCGAUCAUGACUUCACGGGCCAAACCAUCGUCAUUACCGGUGGUAGCACGGGUCUGGGUCUCGAAGCAGCUCGUCAUUUCUUGCGAUUGAACGCAUCGCAUAUUGUCCUGGGCGUGCGGAACAUGGAGAAGGGAAAGGGAGCCAAAAAAGACCUCGAAACUUCAACAAAUCGCCCGAACACCGUCCGUCUCGAACACAUCGAUAUGGACCGCUACGACUCAGUCAAGAACUUCGCCUCUGUAAUCCAGAACACAGUCCCCAAAGUCGACGUCCUCCUGUUAAACGCCGGCAAAAUAGCCGAGAAUUUCUAUCUAGCCGAAGAAGACGAGAGCACCAUCACAGUCAACGUCGUCUGCACAGUUUUUCUGGGUCUCUUGCUUCUCCCCAAACUCCGCGAUUCAGCAUCCCCUAAUGGUCCUAUACCACGUCUAUGUUUCGUAGCCUCCGACCGUCACGUCAUGACCAACCUCCCCGAAUGGAAAACAGAAGACACUUUCGCAGCACUCCGCGCCCAAACUGAAUCCGGCGCCGAUGAUCGCUACUAUGCCUCCAAGCUGCUCAACGUCCUCAUGUUCCGCCAGCUCGCCGAGGAAAUCACAUCCUGCACCCCGCGAGUCGCGGUAAACGGCUUCACACCUGGGUACUGCGCUACGGCACUUAUCCGGGAGACGCAGGGGUUCUGGGGGUGGCAGCUUUAUGUGAUGAAGUUGACGAUUGCAAGGACUAUUGAGGUGGGGUCGAGGACGUUGGUGCAUGCGGCGAGUCUGGGAUGGGAGGGGCAUGGAAAGUACUUGAAUGAUUGCAAGAUUGAUGAUGGCGCGCUGUCGUCGUUUGUACGCAGUGAUGAGGGAAAACAGGCGCAGGUGAAGGUGUGGAAGGAGUUGCUAGAGAAGUUGGACAGGAUAGCGCCUGGGAUCUCGGAGAACUUGGCUAAUUGA